CAAUACUGCCUGGCAUCACCUGCAGUCAUUUUUAACUCAACAAGGGACCCAGCUCGCUCUCACGGGGUAGUGGAGCUGCCAGGACUCUGCAAUGAGGACCCGACCUGGAGCAAGCAUCUGGGUCAGGUUGUCCCAUCUUAAAGAGCAAGAUGAGGUUGGAAAAGACGAGGGCUGAGAAGCAGGAGGGUCUCCUGGGCAGUGUGUAGCCUGCGAGCGGUGGGUGACGAGCGCUCCUUGGGCUGAGCAGUGCACGGAGAUGUGGUGCAAGAAAAGGGCUGGUGCUACUCUAAAGAGGCGUUAGGACACAGUGUAAACUGAACUCCAUAGCAUAGCAAGAGGAUGAGGGGAAGCCAUCAGCCAUUAAAUUCUGCUGCACAUAGAAAACUAAAAGAACUCGCUGCCACCGGCAAUCAGUGUCAAGUACAGUAAGCAUUUUGUAAAACUGCUGGGUAACUUCAUAAGCAAGCUCAUCAUUAAUAGUUGUGUGCUAAGAGGAGCUGGUCAAGCCUGGUCCUUAAGAGCGGAGGCUCGUUGUGGCAGAGCUGGAAUGAACUCUCAGAGUGCGGCAUAGGACGGGGGCCAAGGUCCAGGAUGGGGCUGUGUGAUGGGAGGAGAUGCGAUUUCCUGAGGUGCAUCCCAGCUCAGCAGACCUGUUGUCUCUGCAGGGGAAUGGUAAUUGCCCUUGGAUUUGCCAUCUGCAGUUUGUAAAGACCUUUGACCUCUCCAAAACAUGUCUAGUGCAGUGCCCAAGAGAUUCUCUUACGCGGGGUGUGGAGAAAGGGGUGGCACCAUGACAAGGAAUGAACCUAGGGAUACAGUCAUCAGCCUUUUACUCACAUGUUUGUAAACUUAGCAGCUAAUUGGCACUGCUCUCUCUAAUACUUUAUGUUCAGCCUGGGAUUUUUAAGACUCUUUAAUUGACUGAAUAUGACUUUCGUGACAUGCUUGGCUUUGAACUGCUGCCCAAAAUCUGAUGCAAUUGGCAGACUGACUGUCUGGGCAAGAGUCUUGUAGCAUGGUGAUGUCAGCUGUCAUCACUCUUCUGUAGCUGAGGAUAAUCUAAGGCUGGUCGUGGGCAAGGAAGAAAACAGGAGGUCGUGUUAGUGAUGGGAUGAAACUACUUAGCUCCUCUGUUAGUGGCUGCGGAUGCUCGCUGUUCUCCGCGUAGAAGUGUCCGUGGCGCCCGGCAUUCUCUGCAGUAGUCUGAGGGUGGGACCUGAGGCAGAUGGCACCAGCCCCGCCAAGGAAGAAAUCCUUGUAGAUUGUUUGAAGUCUUGUCUGGUGUCUGCUUUUUUUUUAAGCAUGUUUUCCUUUCAAGAAGAGGCUUAAGGUUUUCAGUUUGAUUUUUGUCUGCCUUCCUCCAGUAGCUCAAGCACAGCAGAGGCAAGGCCUACAGAAUGAUCCCUGUAGGAAGAAAGCAGUUGUUCCUGCCAGAAGUGCUUGGCCUAAUUGGGCUCUUUGGUCACAGUCAGUUCUGUCAGGCUAAUGAAAGCUGUGGGUCUCUAGAAACUCUGAGAUGCUGCUGUUACAGGAGAUUCUGCCUACCUGGAGAGCUGUUUUGCUGCAUUUGCUACCAAACGGCAUCAUCAAAAUGGUAUCCAUGUUAAAUUAGAAGGCUGCUUCCCUGCCAGGACCUGGUGAUCUCAACCAGCGCGCUCACCCUCUCUUCACACCGCAGUCAAUGACGGACUUACCCGUGCGGAUUGCACUGCAGCUGGACGACGGCUCCCGUUUGCAGGACACCUUUCACUCUAGUCAGACCCUGUGGGCCCUCCUCCAGCAUUUUACACAAAGCAGGGAGUUUGUGGAACAGCCCCGUGACUCUUCCCCAGUCUGUAUUUACAUGCGAGAUGAGAUAGCAGGGAGGGAUGCCCUGGAGAAGACAACACUGAAACUGCUUGGCCUGACUGGAGGCAGCGCCAUUAUCAGGGUUGUCAUGAAGAAGCACAGUUCAUCUGGCCAGGAGGAGGCUGUGGACGCUGCAGCCCAAGCAAAUGAGCCUCCACGGAGGUCAGUCUGCACUGAAGGAGCUGUGGAUCUGCCUCUGCUUCAAACAAACACGUUCCCAAAGGACUUGGACCACAGAGAUGUGUCUGCCUCCUUAAAGAGCUGUACAGAUGAGCAGCCCAAUGCCUUGGCCAGCUCAGGGGGGCUGCAGGCUGCCGCAGCACCUGUCCCCUUCGUCCCUUUCUCUGGAGGUGGGCAGUGUCUUGGAGAGUCUCCUGCAGCUGCAGCAGUUCCAGUGUCAGACAUGCCAUCUUCAAAGCUGCCAACAUCUCUCUGUAGUCCUGGAGGCCCUUCUAAGCCAAAAAAGACCAAGACUAGCCAGGGACAGCCAAAGGAACAUGAGCAGCUGCUGGAGCGGGAGCCAGUCGUGUGCCACCUAGACCUGCAGCCAGCGCUGCCUCCUGGCCCAAAGGACUUUCCUGACGAGUUCUUUGAAGUCACGGUGGACGACGUGCGGAAGCGCUUGUCCCAGCUGCAGAGCGAGAGGAAACGCCUGGAAGAGACUCCCUUAAUGACACAGUCCAUGAGGGAAGCUCAGAUGAAGGAGAAGCUGGAGCGUUACCCAAAGGUGGUGCUGCGGGUUCACUUCCCAGACCGCUAUGUUCUGCAAGGUUUCUUCCGCCCCAGUGAAACAGUUGGUGACCUGAGAGGCUUUGUGAGAAGCCACCUUGCAGAUGCAGAGCUGCCAUUCUACCUGUUUAUUACACCUCCUAGGACCAUCCUGAGUGAUGAGAGCUUGACCCUGUUUGAGGCAAACCUCUUCCCAGCUGCUCUCGUUCACUUUGGAUCUGAGGAGCGCAGAGACUGUUUCUUGAGACCAGACCUGCUGGAAUCUGCUGUAUCCCCUUCUGCAGCUGACUUGUUAGUAGCCGGAUGUCUGUCCAAAUCUCUCGUUCCUUCUGCGCCAUCAGCUUCAGUAGCAGCUGCUCCCCUGCCAGCCGGGCCGGAGGAGACCGCGGAUGAGAGAGGGGCUGCAGAGCAUCCAGAGCCAGCAGGAGCCUCUGUAGCCCCACAGCCAGUGAGAAGGGCCCCUGGGAAAGUGCCAAAGUGGUUGAAGCUGCCAGGUGGGAAGAGAUGAAGGACUUGGGCCCCUUGACUGGACUGAAGCAGCAGACGGUGUUGUGCUUCUUUCUACGGGAGCUGCUUCAGUCUCGGUGAGAAGUGGCUGUUGGAUCUGGAGAGACUGGACCUACCCGUGUUGUUUCUGAAUAAAGCAGUGCUAUUUCCUGUGA